GACCUGCGCCGUCGGGCCGGGCGGGGUGCGGCAGGCCCGAGCGAGGGGCGCACGCGAGGCCGGCGCCGUCCUCCGGGGCGCGUCGCGAGUCCCCGCAGCGCCCCGUCCCUCCCACAGGGCGACCCCCGGGUAACCCAGCCAGGGGGCAGACGCGGCCGGGGCUCCGGGCCCCACGCGGGAGGAGAGAGACGCAGGCGCGGGCGCAGCGAGGGCGCCCCGGGCCCGAGCGCACGGCCCCGGGGAGGGGGCUCCCUGGGCACCGAGCAGGGCGGCCCCGGGCUCCCUCCGCCGGCCAUGGCCUCCCCGCCCGCCUGCCGCGCCCCGAGGCCGCCGCCGCUGCUGCUGCUGCUGCUGGGCGUCGCGCUGCUGGGCGCCGGGGCGCGCGCCGAGCCCGCCGCCGGGAGCGCCGUCCCCGCGCAGAGCCGCCCGUGCGUCGACUGCCACGCGUUCGAGUUCAUGCAGCGCGCCCUGCAGGACCUGCGCAAGACGGCCUACAGCCUGGACGCGCGGACACCCUCCUGCUGCAGGCUGAACGCCGGGCCCUGUGCGCCUGCUGGCCCUCGGGGCGCUGACCACCCGGGGCCAGCUCUGCUCCCUGCCAAUAACCACCACCAGCAUUCCCGGUCCCGCCUCCCUGCUCCAGGCCUCCGCUGUGCCGCUGUGUCCCUGGGAGCUCCCGGCUGGGCCCUCCAGGGCCUUGCUGUCAGCCUGCCACACCCCGGGGCGCUCCCUGGCCUGCCUUGCCCUGAGGCUGGGCAUGGAGACAGGCUCGUCCGCGAUGGGGGCUGGGGCUGGGGGCUCCUGGGAGGCUGAGCUGGUGGGAGGGGGGAGGGGAUGAGGGGAGCUAGCAGGGGUCCAUUUUCACAGCCACGCCCCCGUGCACCUGCCAGGGGUCUCCACGCAGAGCAGUCACCUCCCCUUGGUUCAUUCUGUAAAUAUUUUAGUAAAAUUAGAGGCUUUUAUCAAAGCAGUGUGUGCUUAUUGACAGGCAGUCCAGGGGCGCAGGGGGGCGUGGAGGGAGUGAGUGCCCCUCCCUGCAGGCGGGACACUGCCCUGGCGCCACGGGGCGCACCUGCACCGCCGUCCCAGGAAGGUGCCCGGGCCUUCACCCGCUCAUUCCACCGCGGCAGGGCCCGUGGUCCUCACUGUUACCUGUCUGGGCAGGGCCCCUCAGGCCAGGUCCUCCGUGCACACACACUGCUCCCUCGGCAGCCCCGCCAUGGUGGGGAGGAUCCCUGCGGCCCCAGGAGCAGGCCAGCGAGGGACCCCGUGGGGACGGAGGCCGCCAGGCCGGGGGUUCCUGGCCUGGGCGAUGCCAGCGGGGUGCAGGGGAGGCCAUCGGCUGAGGCUUCUCUGGCCAGACUGUUGUGUGCCCUGGGCCAGGCAUCCUCCGUCCGCCUGUGCGCCGGUGUGCGUGGUCUGUAGCCUUGACCCCAUGCAACCCUUGGGGCUCCUCACUAUAAAAGGUGGGGGAUGGGGCAAAGCUGCUCCACCUCCCAUCCAGCUUCCUGCUGAGGCCUGGGAAAAGCAGAGACCACCAGUGCUUGGGCCCCUGCCCCCUCCCAGGCUCCCGGCCCGCCAUGGGGGGAGUGAGCCGGCGGGUGGAAGAUUCUCUCUCCCUUUCUCUGUAACUGACCUCCAAAUAAAUAAAUCUUACAAUAAAAAAGAUGGGGUACAGCCGGGCGCUCGUUGGAGAGACUUAUCUGGGGUGUGGAGGAGGGCCGGAGCCAGGCCGGAGGGCCAUCCAGGAAGCUGCUGCUGGCCCCGUCCUGAGGGCACUCGGGGACCCUGGCAGCCGGGCAGGGGGCUGGAGGACACGGCCUGCUCAGCGCCUCGGGAGCGUGGCCUGACAUCUAACCAGGACGCUCUGGCUGCCGCCGAAGUGACCGACGAGCUGGAGUGGCCACGGGCUGAGGGCAGCUGCAUUCCAGCUGUGUGUGGAAACAGCAGGGUUCAAGGGAGGGCAGGGAAGCGUGGGCAGAGUGGGGUUGGUCAGAGUUCCAGGGCACCUGGCCGGGCGGGGACAGCCGUGAGGCCAGGGGAGCUCCCUGGGGACAGGCGAGAUGGGGGACCUCGGGGCAGGCCGCAGCCUGAAGACCUUGAGUCCCUGCCCCUCACGUGGGGGACCCGGAUGCGGCUCCUGGCUCCAGCCUGCCCCGCCCUGGCUGUCGCAGGCAUCUGGGGAGUGAACCAGCAGAUGGAAGGCCUCUCUCUCUCUCUCUCUCUCUCUCUCUCUCUCUCUCUCUCAUUCUGCCCUUCCAGUGAAUAAGUAAAUCCUUUUUCAGACAUGCAAGCGUCUAUACUGUGCUGGGUAAACAGGGACUCAGGCCGGAGUAGCCAUUCCCUUCUGGGUCGGCUUGUUCUCCUGGACUUCCUGUUUGCCUUAUUCGCCCCUCCCCCAUUGCCCGCCCUUAUCGCACUGUCCUCCUGGCCACAGGUCAUCCUCGUGGUCUCCAGUAGCCCCCACCCCAUGCUCCGGGCAAGCCCAAGCCUCCGGGCGUCCCCACCCUUCCCCAGACCUCAGCACGUUUCCAAGUGGCCUCGCAGGGAGUGUGGGACAUGGACUUCCUGAAGACAGACUGCCCGCAGGGCCGCGGGCCCCGCCCAGGCUGCCCCCUUGACCUCCACUCCCUGCCUCAAGCACUUGGCCCUGGGAGACGCCACCCCCACCUCUGCUCACUGCCAGCCGCUCCGCAGAGCCCCAGGAGGCUGGCACAGCCGGGUGCCCACGGGGAGGGGGGGCGGCGGGCUGCAGGUGCCUCGGGUGCCCCCCCCCCGCCCGCUCGGGCCUCCGCCUGGGGGAGAUCUGGUGCUGCUUCCUCACUCCUCUGUUGGGGAACGUUGGGCUGCGUGUUCCCAGUUUUUCUUCUAUGUGGGGGUGGUCGUUCAGGGUGGAUGGCCUGAGACAGCUUCUACCUCCAGGACAAGGGCCAGGCCCCCUUCACUUCUGAGCCUCGUGCUCGGGCCCCACGACCGCCCCCCCAACACGGUGGGUUAGGAAACAUCCUGGUUUGAGCCCCCCUGCCUCCCGGUGCUCAGAGGCCUGGGCAGGGGUCCCAGUCUGCACUCUCACUGCUCACUCUGGGAACCCCCAAGCGGAGGCAGCAGGCGCUCCCAGGUGAGUACCAUGGGGCGGGGAACCCAGAGUGGGCAGGGCCCGGGGAGGACAGCCUGGGCCGUGCAGAGCCCCCACGAAGCAGGUGCUGGCAGUGACCCGGGCUGACCCGGUGCCGUGCUCCGUGCUCAUCCGCUGGCUGCCAGCCCCGCCUUCCCCUUGGGGCAGAGAGGUGGGCUCCAGCCCCGCCCCCACCCGGUCUCCAAGGCCCCCGGUGGCUGUCCCUGGGCUCCAGCCCCGCCCCUUCCCAGAGACUGUCGGGGUGGGAGGUGGGGAGGGUCACAGGGCUCACCAGGGCUGUCGGGGGCUGUGGGCUGGAAGGAGGGACCCUGCACUGGCAGGCUGAGGGGAGCCAGAGCCCAGGUCCCUGGCACAGAGCAGGCGUGGGUUCCGACUGGGGGUGGCCUGAGGCUGGCAUGUGGCUCUGCAAGGGGCCGCACCGCUUUGCUGAGGGCACACGAGGCCUUGAGGUCCCGGAUGCCCAAGUCUGGGUCAAGGGCCAGACACUGCUCAGGAGCUCCCGCCGGUAGUGGGCCUGGCCCCGCAGACCCCCCACCCGGCACGUUAGCCCCCGUGUGUCCCCGGAACCCCCUUUCCGCCUGCACCCCGUGUGAGCUGUCGGCUACGGCGCCCUUUGCGCGCAGUCCACCUGGCGGACCUUGCGAAGCCGCUGCAGCUGGCCAGAGGCCUCGGCCGGCGCCAGGCACCGGCGCACCUCUCGCUGGACAGACCAGCGAGACUCUCCGAUUGCGCCUGCAGCUCCAGGAAGGUGACGGAGGAAGCCCAGCCGUGUCCCUGCGGCGUUCCGGCGACACUGGCGCGGGGCUUGGCUGUCCCGCCGCCCGGGGGCCGGGGCCCUCCGUUGUGGACCGAUUCCGCUUCCCGCUCCCUCGAAAUCCCUUCGGGUGGGCCGCGCCCCUGCCGGCCCCUGCGUGACCUUAGCGCCCCUCUGAGCCCGCUCCACCGCCCAACGCAGGCCGAGGGUCUUGCCCCAACCUUGCAGGGGGUGGGGAACUCUCCCACCCUCCCUGUGAGUGACGCGGGCUGCGGGUGCAGGGCGGCUGGGUCUGUAACGCACCGGGGAGGGGUCUGCGACCACCUGCCCCGCCUUAGCCCCCUCCCCUCUCACCCCCGCCCCAGCCCGUAUCUUCUGUGAGUCUCACGGGAGGACGUGGCUCUACGCAGAGAGCCCCCUGCGCAGAGAGCCCCCUGCACCUGCACCGAGCCCAUGGGGCGCAUGCGCCGACCGCGGAGGGCUGGGGCCCGGCCGGGAGGGGUCCUGCAGGCCUUGCGCCCCCGGAGCCGCUGCGGGAAGCUGGGGCUGGGGUGUGUUGGGGGUUGGGAGGAGGGUCGCUGUGCUGCGCCGAGACGCGCCGGCUCCGGGCGGCGUGGGCGUCAGACCCAGCUCCGACCGCGCCCCCCGCCCCUGCAGCCCUUGCGAUCCCAGCGGCGGGUUCCCGGGGAGCCGGCGGGCCCCCUCCGUGGCCUCCGCCGGGCGCCGCCUUCAGACAAAGGGC